CAUUCUUUCGUUCAACGUUGGAAAAGCCCACGAAUAUCUGACGUCGACCGUGCCGUAAGCCAUAAUGACCAGCGGAAAUAACGAUGUCAAGAGGAUCACGGUUCUCGGCGCAACAGGAAACCAAGGCGGCGGCGUUGUACGCGCCCUUCUGGCGAAGACCAAUCCAUCCUUCCAUGUUCGCGCGAUCACACGCGAUGUUUUUUCUCCUGCGGCCCGGCAGCUUCGAGCCAAAUAUCAAGAUAACGAUCGGCUCGAACUAGUCGCUGCUAAUGUCUACGACAAAGGAAGCCUGAUCAAGGCGUUUAGCGACACGUAUGGGUUGUUUGCAGUGACGAAUAACCGGAUUCCCGGGCAAAAGAUUGAAACCGAGCAGGACAUGGACCACGAACUGUUGGCUGGGAGGAAUAUUAUCGAUGCGGCAAAGUCUUGUCAUGCGCAGCAUGUCAUCUUGAGCAGUUUGCCCAACAUAACAGAAGCCAGCAAAGGCCGCUAUACGAAAGUCUUCCACUUUGACAAUAAAUCCCAGAUCGAGAAAUGGGCAAGGAAUGAGCUUCCUGCUAUGACGGCUUUGUAUCCUGGUUUAUUUUACACAAAUUUGCAAUGGCCCCAGUAUUGUCAGCGACAAGCAGAUGGCACCGUCCGGUUUUGCGCGCCUGUAGAUGGGAACAAACAGGCUGAUUGGGUUGAUCCAAGUUACGACAUUGGCGUAUACGCUGCAGAGAUAUUUACCUUAGGCCCCCAAAAAACAGCAUCGAAGGCAUACCCCGUCGUUGGUCCAAAACUUUCAUUUGCCGACUUUGCGAAAAUAUUUAAAGAAAUCGUUCCGCUAAACACCACCUUCGAUCCAAUAACAAUUGGUCAAUGGGGGGCAACUGUCGCGGCGACUGUUGGCAAGGGAUAUGAAGAGGACAUAAAACAAAUGAUGGAAUGGAUUGCUAUAGCCCCAGAUGACAAGAUCUGCUACGGGACUAUGCGUCCACAGGAUGAUAGAUCAUACGAAGAUCUCGGCGUUAAAGCUAGUACAUUCGGGGAUUGGGUGAGGAGGUCCGCGUGGAAAGGCCCUUAA